CUCUCCCAAGCGUCCUUUCUGCUUCUUCUCGGGCAGUGUAGUGAUGAGGAAGUCUAAGCCUUCGUCCAAGAAGCGGCGAAAGGGCCGAAUCGACGACAGCAGCGAUGAGGAAGUCUUAGAGUCAAACAAAGAAACCUGGCGACGGCUGCGCGAGGACGUGGCAGAGAAGGAGGACGGCGAACAAGAACCGCAGACGGCUGCAAAGGCGUCUUCCGCUGACCCACUGGGGUUCAACCUCAAGCGCUCGUCGGUGACCUCCCGGCGAGCUGAGGAGGAUGAUUCUGACGAGGCUGCGAGGAAAGGAGAAGAGGGUCGCAAGCGCAGGGGCGGGAGGCUGACGCAGGGAGGGCGGAAAAGAGCACACGUGAGAGAACUUUAUACAACUAACGCAAAGAAGGCGACUUGACAGUCAGCCAGAAUUCAUCCGUCUGUGUCGUCUGCUUCACGUACAGGUAUCUCGUGAAGAUGGUGAGGAAGACGACGAGGACGGCGAUGAUGCUGAUAUGGACAAAGAAGAAUCAUCAAACCAGCCGCCUGCCGCGGCUGCUGCUGCCAUGCCUGUGGACAUGGAUCAAGAGGAGGACGAGGCUGAUGACAGGGGGGAUAGGAGAAGGAGGGGGCGGGGCGGGGGGAGGAAGAGGGCCAAGUCCAAGCCGCCGGCAAGGAGGCAGAGGCGAGAAGGUAAGUCAGUCAGUCAGUCGGUCAGUCAGUCAGCAGGUCGGUGGAUGGACCAGCGUAGGUGACGAGAUGACGUAUGUAUGGCGGGGUGCGAGUGGCGACCUGAUGUCUGGUUGCCUGCUUGUGUGUGCAUUCAGACCCAGACAACGAAGAGGACGAUGAAGAUGAAGAGGUCACAAGAAGACACAUCCGCCCCUGGUGCAUAGGCUGACGUGCCUGUGUGUCUGUUGUUGCCUGCAGGACGACCUGCAGGUUGCCAUGGCCAUGUCACUCUCCGAAAUGCAAGACUCCGACGGGCAGCCGAAGCCCUCUUCGUCGGCAGCAGCAGCUGCGGCGGCGGCAGAGGCAUUACCCCCACCCCCACCACCAGCCGCUCCCCUCGGCGCCCGUCCACAGCGCACCGACAACAACCAGGAAGACGACGGUGGUGCAGAGGAGUCUGAUGAAGACGGUGGGAUGGAUUGGAAUGACGAGUAUAGCAGGUGAUUGCAGAAAUGGGAGAUGCGUCAUAGUGCAAUGAUGCGUCUGUGUGUGUCUUUAGGUUUGUUGAUUUUUGGUCGGAAUUGGAGGAAGAGUGCCAGGAGGCCAUAGAGAAGGGCCGCAUUACUGUCAGCCAUCUCCGCCCGCACGCAAAGCAGAUUCGACAGAUGCUGCAAGCAGCCAAAAAACAUCGCAGCAGGAAAGGUGAAUGUGGAUGAUUAGACCUAUGUAAUGAGACGUUCGCUUUGUCUCCCUCUGUCUCUGUCUGUGUAGCCUCGAUAUUUCCCGUAUCAUCACCCGAGGCUCCCUUUCUUCCUCCCUGCCCCACACGCCAGCCCCGCAAAUCCAGCCCUCCCCCGUCUGCUUCAGCUACAGCCGCCGCAGCUGGAAGACCAUCUUUCCGUCGCUCUUCAGCUAUGGCCGCUGACCUCAGCGUCCUCGAUACAGAUGAAUACAAGUUUGACUUCGGACCAUACAAGGACAAGUACUUCCGCGAGGUUUGGACGUUGAGCGACGAAGAGAUGGGCGUUGAGGCGAAGUAUGACAGCGCAGGGAAGGGGUUUGUGAAGUGGAUGAUGAAGAAAAAUAGUCCGAGCGGGCCGAUGGGGAAAGCCAUGCGCAACUUCACUGCUUGGUACAAGGAAUGGGUCGAGCUGAGUGGGGAGAUGGAGGAUCGGGAGCUGGUGACCCUUAUGAACAAGGGGAAGCAGCACUUGCAGCAGGGCAUCGUUUGUCCAUCCUACUGGAGCACGAUGGGCGACAGAAAGGACAGCAAAGUAUCAGACACGCGAACAAAGCUAAGAGUGCUCGGCCAGCUCUUUGAGUGUGAGCUUUGUCUGUUUGUGCGCAGGUAUGGGUGAAGGACGAAGUAUUGUUGUCGAGUAUUCCGGAGGCUAUCAAGGGCACCGUCCUUCAUUGCACGUGCCCUGGCAGCCACCUUUGCCGCGACGCAGAGAUCUUUGGUGUGCAUCCACCCCAUUGAAGCCUCCUCCCCUGAUCGAGCAAUUUUUAAAACGUCCCAAAUGUGCCCAAAAAUAUUUAGAAACCGGCAAACCGGCGAAAAAUAUUCAAAAGAAUUUAAAUAAAUAAAAAAUCGGGGAGAAAUUUUAAUAGUUUUAGGCGAUGACCGGGGGGGCGAGGGGGGGGGGCGGAAAGGCGAUUUUGAGACUUGUUUUAGCCAUUGAAAA